AGAUACCAUCCUGGCUGCCCGCAUAUUGUCUCGAAGGACUGCACCACCACCGUUUGCGCUCUUCGAUGUCCUGUUAGCGUAGCGCAGCUGGUCACACGUGAGUGCAAUGAAUUCCUCCCGCCUCAUAACAGCGGCAAGAACCCACGUUCAAUAGGCACGGGCAAGGUGGGGCACCUCAAUAGAACGGAAGGAUUAUUGUUCGAUAUCGAGGCGAAUUUUGUUUCGGUGUAAUGAGGACUCCUUUCCUCCUCGCGCGUACUGGGGGGCUAGGUUCUAUAUCAAGUUGGGGGAAAAUUCCAGUGCAUUACGUGACGAGUCUUACGGCCUCAGUACAUGAUUCGAAGGAAAGCGUGCGUACCAUAUCCUCCUCCCAGAUCGCGAAUCUCAUAUUCAAGGCAGGCCUCUGGUGCACGACGGUCUCCCACACUUCUCACCUCCAACCAGAGGCGAAGAUCUCUGAAAAACAAACAGGCAAAGACGCCUGACCAGUGGGCGGAGGCGUGACUAUUCUUUCGUUUCCAGAAUGUACUUACAUGACUCGGUCUUGGCAUUUUGC